AUGCAGACAAAACAGAGUCUAUUGAAGCAAGCGGAGAUUGAUAAAUUAAAUUUGGAUUUGGAGCAAAAGCAAGAUGUUUCAGCUGAUAAUGACGUCAACAAGAAAAUUGGAAGAAAUAUUGUAGCGGAAGAUUUUCGUUACAAUCUGCCAAAAAUUCCAACGCUGGUUGAUCUGUGUCUCAGUCACAUGAUUGAAGAAUUUAUAAUUCACAGAAACACUUUCAAGAAAGUUCCUGAGAAGUUCAGAAAGAAGAUAACCAGCCAGCUGUCGGUUGAUGUUCCGUUGUGGGUGACGACGGAUGUGGUGAAAGAUGAUGAGUACUGGAAGAGGAAGUGUCGAGCAAGAUGGAGGACCAGUGAUUCGAAGGAGCACAGAAACAGUUGGAAGGCAACCUACAUGGAGAUGAACAUGCAGGAGACACUGGAACAAUUUGUUCCUUCUGUAUCUGACCUCAACGAUCUUAUCGAGUUAAUUAAUAUUUCGUCAAAAUUUAUCAGAAAAUUAAAUGUGCAACAGUUAUUACCGAAACCGAGCAAACAAAGUGAUAAAAUGAUGAAAGAUGAUAGCGAUGAAGACUACGAAAGGCUGGAUUUUACAGAAAUUCUACCAAAACUGAAACGCCUGGAAAGCAUAAGCCUGCAGUACCUCGUCAGAAACUGUGGAAUGAAUUUUAAAUGGGGCCACUUCAAAAUGUCCGAAAAAGACUGCACAUCUCUGGCAAAAAGUCUCUAUUUCUGUAAAUCUCUUAUGGACAUUUCGAUUGUAAAGAGCAGCAUAGAUGACGCUCAGACUGAAAUAUUAUGUUCGCAGUUGAAGGACCACCCGAACUUAUCUACACUCAAUCUCUCGCACAACAGCAUCUCCGACAAGGGAAUGUCCACCAUAUCAACAUCACUACUCAACAAACACAGCUUCGUCAGAGUGCAAUCCAUUGACCUCACAAACAACAGCAUCAAAUAUGCUGGAGUGAAGGUGCUAGCUAAGGAACUGGAAACGAAUGACAAGCUAUUGAAGCUGCAAUUGAGGAUGAACAAGAUAGGCGAUGAGGGUGGUUCACUUAUUUUAAUUGCCAUGGCUAGAAAUAAAACAUUGAAUUUUCUCGGCCUUGGAAGCUGCGAUCUCGGCGACAUGUCUGCAGAAGCAAUCUGCUACAUCUUGAAAAACAACAGAACCCUACAAUACUUAGACAUAUCAUGCAACGUGUUUGGAACGGAUAACGGCGAGGCCAUUCGGCAAGCAGUGGAAGGCAACGAUACGCUGCUGAACGUUGACGUGAGGGAGACCGAAGUAACAAAGGAAGCUGAAUACUUCAUCGCUAUGAAACACCAACUCAAUCAGGAAAGAAAUGGAAACGUAGCAUCCGACUCUCAUUUUUGA